AUGGCGCUCGAAGGGUGUUUGGGUGUUGUUACGAGGAACCGUCUUUCCCACCAGACCUCAGAAGAAGAACAUGUACAACUUGUAUCGAUAUACGAAUGUUUUGUCACGUCUAAUGUUCUGGUCGAUGAGCUGGAUCAUGGUUCUUGGAAACAGCAACCAUUAGAGAUAGAAGACUUGGGUUGCCUGUCCGAUGAAUUUGAAUGCAACACACUGCACAGGUCUUUCAAGACGGCAUACGAAGUAGAAAAGUAUACUGGUUACGUCACUGUAGAGGAGUUUUUCGCUAAUGGCUUUGUCUUGAUUGGUGUUAUAUUUGUGGCAACAGGAAUGAAAGCUUUAAUUUUACAGUGGGCGUACAAUAUGUGCAUUUUUGUUGGAAUAAAAGCACGCACGUGUCUGCAGAUUUUUACCUAUGAGAAGUCCCUCCGAUUGUCGUCUUGGGUGUUGUCCAGUGGCGACAAAACUGUAGGCCAGAUUACAAACCACAUGGCCGUUGAUGCUAUGAAUAUACGUUGGUUUUCCUAUUAUCAGAUACACGUAUACGCAACGCCCUAUCAGGUUACUACCAUUCUGAUACUGCUAUACCUGAGACUUGGACCUGCUGCAUUGAUUGGUGCAUCAGUAUUCGUCGUUGCCACACCGUUGCAAUAUAAAAUAGCCGAUGCUAUGUCUGCAAUACAAAGAAUAAUAUUAAAAUUCGCCGACCAGCGUUUAAAAAAAUCCAACGAGCUUUUACAGGGUAUUAGGCUAUUAAAACUGUAUGGAUGGGAAGAGUUGUUUUCAUCGAGGAUUGAAGUCUCAUUUGCUGUCUAUUCUGCCGUGAGUCCCACACCGUUGACGCCUGAAGUGGCAUUCUCCUCGUUGGCUCUUUUCAAUCUGCUGGUUAUACCAAUGAUGCUUAUACCAACCACUGUUCAAGUUUUAGUAAACGCUAUAGUCAGCAUGGAUAGACUGCAGAGUUUUUUUGCAUCACCCGAGAUCGAAAAGCACGAUAACGGUCGGCCGCCUUUCGACGAUGGACUCGAAGAAGAUGACGUUGCCAACCAAUCACGUAAGAGUGGUGGAAAUCUUAAGAUUACAGAUGAAAAAACUCGCAAUUUACUGGACAAUCGGGAAUCAUCAUCAUAUGGUACAUUUGAAACUUCGCUGAGUGAAGCCACCAUACCAACAACAUAUCUCCCAGACCACUUAUCAAUACAGAUCAGUGGUGGACAUUUUGCCUGGGACAUUGACUCUGAUGUGGCAAUUCUUCACGAUAUUGACCUUGAAGUUCCCAUAGACACUUUGACAAUCAUUAUUGGUAUGGUGGGCGCUGGAAAAUCAUCUUUGCUAUCAGCGAUCUUAGGAGAAAUGAGCACUCUGGCUGGUAAUAUUUAUUUCAACAGAAAAAGAAAUAUCAUCUCGUAUUGUCCACAGAGGGCGUGGUUGCAGAAUAGCACACUCCGUGCAAAUAUUUUGUUUGGAGAACCAAUGGAUCAUACACGGUACAACACUAUUUUGGAUGCAUGUGCGUUGCGACCAGAUAUAGAUAUCUUACCGGCUGGAGAUAUGACAGAGAUUGGUGAGAAGGGAAUAAAUCUCAGUGGAGGACAGAAACAACGAAUAAGUGUUGCCCGUGCUCUGUACAAUAAGUCGGACAUAGUACUGAUGGAUGAUCCGUUCUCAGCAUUGGAUGUUCACGUUGGUUCACAACUAAUGAAAGAAGGCAUUCUCGGCUUUCUAAAACGAGAGCAACGAACAGUGAUUCUUGUUACCCAUCAAUUGCAGUAUUUGAAAUAUGCAGACACGGUGAUAUCGAUGGAUAACUGUACAAUAGCAGAUCAGGGAAAUUUGAAUGAAAUACGAAAACGCGAUCCCAACCUGUAUGCCGUCUGGGAAAAACGGAUUAGUUUUCUCAGCGAUUCCGAAGAUGACGAUGACUCAAGUGAAGAAACUACCAAGCUAGAAAGACUAAAAUUAAUUGAACAAGUCACAGGAAAACAUGAACAACACAGACAGGACGACAGUGCAGCUGGUACAUUGAUGGAGAAAGAGGAACGGGAGGUGGGCUCGGUCUCAUUGAAAGUUUAUCUUUCAUAUGCAAAGGCUAUCAAGUAUUCGCUAACAUGUCUUACGCUAUUGUUGUACGUUGCCCAAGGUACUAUGCUUAUUCUUACAAACUUCUGGCUAUCGGCUUGGUCUGAAUCUGGCUCUGAGACGGCUAAUAAAACACAGGAAGACUUGGAUGACGAAUUGACGUACUAUAUACGUGGUUAUGCAGCAUUAUCCUUCUCUUAUAUCGGGAUAUCACUGGUGGCUAUAAGUUGUCAAAUCAUGUUCUCCCUGUAUGGUGCAAGACGAGUGCACAUAAAGCUGUUACGUAAUAUCAUUCACGCACCGAUGAGAUUCUUCGACACAACUCCAGUUGGGCGCGUGCUGAACCGAUUCUCAAAUGAUACAAAUAUCAUUGAUCAGCGCUUGUGGAUGGUGAUGUUCAGCAUACUGAGCAAUGCCUCGGUCCUUAUUUCUGCUAUUGUGGUAAACGCUGUGGUAUCUCCAAUUUUUAUAGCAGGUGCAGCACCCUUGUUUCUUAUUUAUAUACUGAUACAAAGAUACUUCAUAUCCACUGCACGGGAACUCCAGCGUCUUGGCAGUAUUUCAAGAUCUCCGGUGUUUGCUCAUUUCAGCGAAUCAUUGGAAGGACUAACCACCAUUAGAGCAUACAGAAAUGAAAAACGUUUUCGUCGUCAGCUACACACAUCGGUCGAUACUAAUAAUAUAGCCAUGGUUUGCUUAACCCUAGUCAAUAGAUGGAUGGGAGUACGACUGGAAUUCAUUGGUGCAGUAGUAGUUCUAAUAUCUGGUCUUUCGGGUCUACUAACCGCGCUAUUUGGAGAACUUGAACCAAGUUUGGUUGGCUUGGCUUUGACUUAUGCGUUGUCUAUUUCCGGCCACAGCGCCAUAUUGGUACGGUCGACGGCCGACUGUGAAAUGCAGAUGAAUGCUGUGGAACGAAUACGCUAUUACACAAAUGUAGAAUCGGAGCAAUAUGAAGGUGUAUAUAACCCACCUCCUGAUUGGCCUACUGAUGGUGACAUCAAAAUAGAGAACAUAUCUGUGCGCUAUGAUCCAAGCUUAGAACCAGUGCUGCGUGAUGUUUCCAUACACUUUAAAGGUGGACAGAGGGUUGGUAUAUGUGGCCGUACUGGUAGUGGAAAAUCGUCACUGGCCGCGUCAUUAUUUCAGAUUGUGGAUACAUUUAAAGGGCGUAUCCUCAUAGAUGGUGUAGAUAUAUCACACAUCCCUCUACUAACACUUCGCAAGAGAUUAUCAAUCAUCCCACAGGACCCCGUGCUGUUUCAAGGAACAAUAAGAUUCAACCUUGAUCCAGAAAACUUACGAUCUGAUGAUGAGAUAUGGGAAGCUUUAGAGAUAGCACAAUUGAAACAAGUUGUAACGGAGCUUGAUAUGCAAUUGGAUGCUGACAUUUCAGAAGAUGGUGUGAACUUUAGUCUUGGACAGAGGCAGCUAUUCUGCAUUGCUAGAGCAUUCCUGAGAAAAUCUCGUAUUCUCUUAAUGGACGAGGCAACUGCUUCUAUUGAUCUCAAAACGGACAAGUUAUUGCAGGAUGUGGUAGCUACUGCGUUUGCUGACAGAACUGUUAUUACAAUUGCUCACCGUAUAUCAACAAUUCUUGAUUCAGACACCGUGGUGGUACUCAGUGAUGGCAGGGUUGUGGAAUAUGAUACACCAGAAAAUCUACUUAAGAAAGAAGAUGGCAUAUUUGCAUCAUUCGUUCAAGGAUCCCUGGACAAUUGAGAAGUUGUGGUCUGCUAAAACUUUUUUUGUUAAUGAGGGAAAUUUUUGACACAAAAACGGUACUUGAAACAGUGUAUUCGUUUAAAUUCGGUUUCAUUGCAGUACUAAUUUUUGUCAGUUUUCAGUUGUAUUGAUAUUGAGAGAUUGAAGAAUAUUUUACGCAGCUGUGAAAAAUCCUUGUUUAGCAGUGAAAUGUAUGCUUUAUUAGUUGAAAGAGAUUUCCCCCC